CGCCGUGAGCGCGGCGGCGGCGUCGGGCGGAGCGCGCCUGCGUGCUGCUUCCCGCGGCGGUGGCGGGAAGUGUGUCUGAGGUGGCUGUGGAGAAAAAGCCAUGGUGGUUAUUUUCUGAAACCAUAAUUAGAGUGUGGCUCAUCAUGCAACACUUGAAGUAAUUCUGCCAGGCUUCAACCACAAACCCUUUCAGAGAGAAGGGAGACACUUCCCCAGAGGGAAAUAUCAAUUAAAUUCUGUUCUUCAGGGGCGAGAGUAGAUCCAAACCACUCCAACUCCAUUUCUUUCUUGUAAAUGCAGGAGAGUAGUUUUUACAGGAAUCUGAAGGUCAGAGGAUGCUCAGGAGGAAAAUAUUGUAACCUCCAGAUGUUCCUAACAGAAGAAAGAAAACUCUAACCAUUCACAAACACUUCUUGUCAGAAUGCAAUUCCUACAGAUACUGUCCAGGAAACCGGGGAAACUGGAAAUGCUUUUUCAAAUACCAUUUUGUCAAAAGCAAUUCCCAUAUUCAUGUCUGUCUACUUCUGCAUGUAUUUAUAGUAAAAAGAAAAAAGCAAACAGUUAUGAACAAGUUGAUCAAGAAAAGUACAAAAACUUGGUCUACUCUGUUACAUCUUACAAAACCAGCACCCAAACACCAGAGACAAUAUUUGAAGAAGACAAUUUGUUAUAUGGGCCACUGGAUAAACACAGACCUCCAGCUAAAGCUGGGACAAAGACUCCCAAGAACUGGGUUCCUUUAAUAAACCCCAACAAGAGAAUUUCCCCUCUCAACAGUGAUUCAAACCUCCCCAGGAAAAUCAUGUUACAAAAAACGAAAAUGCCCAGUGUUACCCAUAUUCUUCAACAAACUCUCUCUCCACAGCAAGUCUUUUAUCUAGAAAGAUGGAAGCAGAAAAUGAUAGUGGAACUUGGAAAAGAUGGUUUUGAAAAGUAUACCAAAAAUCUUUUCCUCCAAGGAGAGCUCUUUCAUUCAGCUUUGGAAUCUAUAUUCCUGUCUGAAGAGAUGGCAGUUAAGGAGAAGGGCGAAGAUGGUGUUAUUUCUGGUUACUUAUCAAGUGUGGAACAUGUCUUAGAAGAUAUCAGUGAAGUGAAAGCUCUGGAAAGUGGAGUUCAUCACGAGGCCCUUCAUUAUCUGGGCCUGGUAGACUGCGUGGCGAAGUAUCGAGGCCAAUUGUGUGUGAUUGACUGGAAAACUUCAGAGAAACCAAAGCCAUUUCUGAAGAAUACUUAUGACAACCCAUUACAGGUUGCAGCAUAUAUUGGAGCCAUAAAUCAUGAUGCCAACUAUGACUUCCAGGUUCACUGUGGACUCAUCGUGGUUGCCUAUAAGAAUGGCUCCCCUGCGCAUCCACAUUUCAUGGAUCCUGAUCUGUGCUCGCAGUACUGGAAUAAGUGGCUUUUGCGCCUUGAAGAGUACAUGGACAGAAACUGAGAAGAAAUGAAGAAGCAGCAAGUGCUCUGAGCACAGAGACAAAACAAGACUCUUUUGUUUAUGUAUACCACUUUUAUUCUUUUUUUAAUAACUUUGGCUAAUUUCUUACUAUCAGGGGUAUUUUUUCCACAGUAAAGAAAACCAAAAACCAAAAAAAAUCCACAUGUGAAUUUUUAAUGGAGAAUAUGUAUUUGCUUAUAUUGUAGGUGACUUCAAUGGUCCGUGCAGGACAAAGUCAACUUCUUUAGCCUGUGUUUCCCCCCCCCCCCCCCAGUUUAUACAACCUAAGGUUUAUAGAAAAGUUUUUAUUAUCAAGUAAAACUGUUCAAUGAAGUCAUCCUUCUUUGGUAAUUUUUGAGAAAAAAAUUGUUGCAGAACUAAGACUUUGAAAAGUGUUGGUGAACUAAAGCAAAAGAACAUCUGCAUUGUCUGAGCUGAGGGAAAUGCAAAUGAUAAAGAAAUUGAUAUAGUAGACUGGGUUUCAGUCAGUUUAGUUCUUGCUUAUGUCAAAGGUCUCUAUUAACAGGCUUGUUACUAUUUGUGGAUUUUCUUACAACAACAACUGGAAGACCUGUGCUAAGAAUUAUAAUGAAAGUUCUCAUUAAGUCUUGUUUAAGAUACUACAGCAAAGUGAUAAUUUAACACAAGUGGCUCAGUAAGAGAGGAGCAGAAUUGUAAACAAUACUCUUAGAAAUUUUUCAGCAAGUUUUCUGAAAAGUGGGGAGUUUGGCUACUCAUAGUGCCUCCUCCUGCAGGUUUCUUAACGCACAGCCUGUGCAGCCCACAGAAGAGCACUGAGAAAUGGGCUCUGUACUUAGGCUUGUGAGCUCUGUGCAGGCCGAGGCUGCAACUGCCUUGAGCUCUCCUGACUUGGUGUGGGUCUGAGCCGACAAUGAGCCUACCCACGUGGAAGGAUCUCCCGUGUCAAGUGAGUGUGUACGCCAGUGCAGGUGAGUUUUUGUAUAAAAGCAGGCUUGUGGCUGUGAAGCCAAGCAUUCUGAGGGAUAAAGAGCUGCUGGUUGGUUUUGGGGGGGUAGUUUUUUUGUGGGUUUGUGUUUGUUGUUUUGUUGUUUUUUUUUUCAAAUAAGUUUCUGAAUAAAUGUUUUGAAACAGAAGUAAAUUUUUAAGCUUAUAAAAUCAAGUCUGUAAGACAUAGAGUAAGCCUUGAUGAUGUCAGGCAGUAUUGCUUUGUGUGUUGCACACCUGGAAAGCUUUUUCCCUCAUUCUCAUUGUUUUAUCCAAAUUGUAUGUAUGAGUUUUCACAAUACCACUGCAGAUUACAAAUAAAAAUAUGACCAACCCAUAAGCUU